AUGAUAGUUUUACCAGACGACAUGUUCGACGACAUGUCUUCUCUCACGCUUCGAUCACUCACAUUAGCAUGCUUCCUCUCAAUGGUAGAGCUCCCAGCAUUCGACGAUCUGCAGAAUCUCGAGCGACUGGUUCUGGCUUCCAUGCCAGCGAUGGAAAGUCUGCCAGAUUUCUCGCCUGUCGAAGAUCUGAAGUCGUUUGCAAUAUCGGAUCGAGGCGCUUGGUGCUGCAACGGAUUCAUCGGAGACUGCAAUCUGAAUGAUCGCAAGUGUGGGGUAGUGCAUCCAGUAUGGGGGAACCCGGCAGUGACUUGCUUAACUCUUAAUCGCACCGAGAAACUGGCUGCUACUGCAACACUAAAAGUGGUCGACAAGUUCUCGUCCACCAUCUGUGGUCCUGUACUUGAAGCUGGUGUAUUGGAGGGUCCACCAACAGAGGACCUCAUGACUCCAUGCAAUGGGAUAAUGUAUCGACAGUGUCCAAGAACAAAUAAUGUCGAAUCCAUGUGCUACAACGCUCGAUUCAUGGGGAUUGCCUGUACUACAAACCCGUAUCCGAUUGAGAUGCGGCGUCAACAAAUAGCGAAAGGGGUAGGUGAUGUAUGUAUUUCCGAAGUCGAAGCGUGGCUGGGUUGCGCGUAA